AUGGAUUCCGGGUUGCAAAUCUUUAAACAUAUCGACUGCCCUGCCGGCGCCAAAUGCACUUCAGUUAGGUGUCUGUUCCGUCAUGCUGGCGACUUGAAUGUGGGCGUCGAGACAAAUGCCAAUGGUGUCUCAAAGGGUGACAGUGCCAAUGAUGGUGCUUCAGGCCCGGUGGCCCCAGCUGCACCGUCACCCGAGGGCCCUUCAUCUAAGCGUUUAAAGACGGGCAACGAAGAAUAUGAUCCUACUGCACCUGUUGUGCCUUUUCUAGACGAGGACACGCUCCCAGAUGAUGGAGAUGUGUUUCCGGACAGCGCAGAGUCUUUGUCAAAACCUACUGUUCCUGCAGCGACAAUCUCCAUUGACACUGUUCCAGCUUUGAAAAGGAAGCACUCGGAGGCAUCGCCAGUAGAAGAUAGUACACAGUCCACGACUCCAACAACGCAAAGGGAUUCCCACAACAACCCUUUCAGCUCAUCGUUUUCAACGCCCAAAUCACAGCAGCAAGCCAACAACAACCCUUUCAGCAUACGAAAGCACUCGCCAGUGAGCACAACACCGGCUCCUGAGACCACAGUUGCCCCUGUACCCAAGCCUAAACCCGCACCGGCACCAAUCAGGAAAGCAGAGGGUCUGAACCCAAGGCACCUCAGGAAUCAACCAGCAACAUUCCAGGUUCGGUGGAAGUUGGUUAAGAUGCUUUACGACCAGUAUACCCGCCUUAACCAAGGCUUGGAGAAAAUUGCCAAGGAUGAUGCUACAAAACGACUUUUGCUCACCGACCAGGAAAUCAUUUGGAUGGCUUUAGAUGAAGAGGAGAACGCUGCAAAAACUAAUGGGUACUCAAACCAACUCAAGAGCAGGAUCACGUCUUGCAAAAAGUUCACCGUGGAGAAAUGGAAAGAAGAACGCACCGAGGUAUUAAGAAAGCAAGAAGCUGCUCUUUCCAAUGACGACAGUACCACAGCUGCAAAAUCCAGCGAACCAGUUGUCAUCGAGACCGGCUUGAGUGGGACUCAGGAGGUCCAACUUGUCAAGGCCAGACUUCUCACCCCUAUUGACGACCUGGCCAAGUAUGGCUAUGUUCCUACCGUCCCUGCCGAGGAAGAAAUUGCCAAGGCCAGGCAAGCUCAAACCGUUUCACAAGGCUGGGAGGUUUGCGACCGGUGCACCAAGCGCUUCCAAGUAUUCCCUGGCCGACGAGAGGAAGACGGAGCUCUCGCCUCGGGCGGCAAAUGUACCCACCAUCCUGGAAAGCUGUACAUGCCCAACAGGCAGUCCGCAGAUCGGUCGAUACCCGAAAGGCAGUACAGAUGCUGCGGUGAGACGGUCGGCCAGUCUGUGGGUUGCACCGUCAAGGACACGCAUGUAUUCAGGCACUCCAACCCCAAGCAGCUCGCCACGCUCUGGAACUUUGUCGAGACGCCGGAGAAUCCCAACGCCCCCAAAGAUAGGGGUGUAUGCUUUGAUUGUGAGAUGGGCUACACAGUCAAGGGAUUUGAAAUGAUACGCUUUACGGCGACAUCGUGGCCCAGCGGUGAAGAACUGAUCGACGUGCUCGUCCGACCAUUUGGAGAAGUCCUCGACCUGAACUCGCAGUACUCGGGCGUCUGGCCUGAAGACAUAGCCAACGCCCGCCCGUUUGCCCUCGCGUCGGACAAGCCACCACCGCCGCAGAAGGCGGGCGAGCGCAAGCGGCUGCAGAUGGUAUCGUCACCUGAAGUCGCGCGAGAUCUCCUCUUCUCCCUCAUCUCACGAGACACGCCGCUGAUUGGACAUGGACUGGAGAAUGAUCUCAACUGCAUGCGCGUCGUCCACCCGGUCAUCGUGGACACUGUUUUGUUGUACCCCCAUAACAGGGGCCUUCCUAUUCGCAACGGCCUGCGCAUGCUGAUGCAGACCAUACUCAAUACGAGGAUUCAGGUAGAACCGGCCGAAGGGCAGCUGGCGGGCCAUGACAGCGCGGAGGACGCCAGGGCUGCCGGUGAUCUUGUGCGAUGGAAGACGAGGAAGGAAUGGUUAAAGAUGAAGCGUGAGGGGUGGACGUUGGUAAACGGGCAAUUUGUGUCACCCACCAAGACCACAGUAGUCUCGUCUCUAGAAGCCUAG